UCAUCAUGCAAAACUUAGUAGAGAGACUAAGACCCCUCGUGGGUUUGAACGGAUGGGACUAUUGUAUCUACUGGAAAUUGAGUGAAGACCAAAGGUUUCUUGAGUGGUUGGGAUGCUGUUGUGCUGGCACUGAAAGCAAUCAAAAUGCUGGGGAAGAACAUAUUUUCCCUGUCUCUUCUGUGGCCUCAUGCAGGGAUAGUACAUAUCCACACCCCAGAACAAAGCCCUGCGAUCUUCUUUCACAGCUUUCCACUUCCAUACCCAUAGAUAAUUCUGGGAUUCAUGCACAGACCCUAUUAACAAACCAACCCAACUGGGUGAACUAUUCCAAUGGCAUGGAUCCUAACAUCUUGGAAGAAACAAUUGGGACCCAGGUUUUGAUUUCGGUGCCAGGUGGACUAGUUGAACUGUUUGUAACUAAACAAGUGCCUGAAGAUCAUCAACUAAUAGAUUAUGUCAUAAACCAGUGCAUUGAAGCCGUGAACCACUCAAUGAGCUUCCACAUUGACGAGAAUUCAAUGAGCAACAUGCAAUCAAACCCACUUAUAGGCGAUGAAAAUGAAGGGAACAACAACAGCAGGGACACUUCCACCCUUCAGAACAUGUCAUCACAAUGGACCUCCGCAGUAUUGCAAACCAACCAAGAAGAUCAGGAGCAUGAGCAUGAGCAUGACACGUAUCAGAAAAGCCUCAUGACAACAACGGAUUCACAAUACGUGGAGCCUUUGGAGGCAAAAGAGAAGCAAGAGGAGGACAAGGACUUGCUGAAAAACGUUGUUGGUAGAUCAGAUUCAAUGUCAGAUUGCAGUGACCAGAACGAAGAAGAGGAAGAUGGAAAGUAUAGGAGGAGGAAUGGGAAAGGGAACCAAUCCAAGAACCUUGUGGCUGAGAGGAAGAGAAGGAAGAAGCUCAAUGAUAGGUUAUAUAACCUUCGUUCUUUGGUUCCUAGGAUCUCUAAGCUGGAUAGGGCAUCCAUUCUUGGAGAUGCCAUUGAGUAUGUGAAGGAUUUGCAGAAGCAAGUGAAGGAGCUCCAAGAUGAGCUUGAGGAGAAUGCAGACACUGAAAGCAACUGCAUGAAUUGUGUAAGUGAACUUGGGCCAAAUGCUGAACAUGAUAAGGCCCAAACUGGGUUGCAUGUGGGAACAUCAGGGAAUGGCUAUGUCUCCAAACAAAAGCAGGAAGGUACUACUGUCAUUGACAAGCAGACCCAGCAGAUGGAGCCGCAAGUGGAAGUGGCUCUGAUAGAUGGGAAUGAGUAUUUUGUGAAGGUGUUCUGUGAGCACAGGCCUGAUGGGUUUGUGAAACUGAUGGAGGCAUUGAACACUAUUGGCAUGGAUGUAGUGCAUGCCACGGUAACCAGCCACACGGGACUCGUGUCAAAUGUUUUUAAAGUGGAAAAAAAGGAUAGUGAAACGGUUGAAGCUGAAGAUGUAAGAGACUCAUUGCUAGAGCUUAUGCGGAACCGUUACAGAGGGUGGACUCAUGAGAUGACAGCAACGUCGGGAAAUAGUGUGGAAAGCGAUCAACAUCAACUCCACAACCACAACCAGAUGGGUGCCUACCCGCACGAGUUUCAUAGUUAA